AUGUCCUCAGAUCUAUUGAAGAAGUAUCAGGCCCAUUCAUUGUCUCAAAUGGAACAAGACAAAGUUGUGUUCUUCACAUGUCUUAAUUUCUAUCUAUCUAUCUAUCUAUCUAUCUUGGUAAUCAUUUUGUUCAUAUCUAUCUAUCUAUCUAUCUAUCUUGGUAAUCAUUUUGUUCAUAUCUAUCUAUCUAUCUAUCUAUCUAUCAUUUUAUUUAUAUCUAUCUAUCUAUCUAUGUUAUUUUGUUCAUAUCUAUCUAUCUAUUUAUCUCUCUAUCUAUUUAUCUUUCUUUGUAAUUGUCUUUCUCAGUUCUUUUGUUAUGUAAUUUCUCUAUGGCCGUCAUUAUCAAUACCUCGCUUCUCUUUCUUUAUGGCCGUCAUUAUUAAUAGCUCUCUCUCUCUCUCUUUCUUUAUGGCCGUCAUCAUUAAUACCUAUCACCUUUUUCUCUAUGGCCGUCAUAAUUUAUACCUCUCUCUCUUUCUCUAUGGCCGUUAUUAUCAAUACCUCUCUCUCUCUCUCUCUCUGGCCAUCAUUAUCAAUACCUCUCUCUCUUUCUCUAUGGCCGUCAUUAUUAAUACCUCUCUCUCUUUCUCUAUGGCCGUCAUUAUUAAUACCUCUCUCUUUCUCUAUGACCGUCAUUAUUAA